UGAGAGUGACAGUGGACGAUGCUGCCAAAUCAACACCCACAUACACACAUGACACUGUCUCAAACCGAGGAAGAGGAAGUCUCUGACAGUAAAAGAGCGGCUGCGGUUCAGUCUCUUCUGUUGGAUUCGUGGAAACAUCAAACCUGGAGCCGUGACGGGAUGAGCUGUGGCCGUGGCCAGUGAGUGGGGACCGGCUGCUGUGAGAGAUCCCCAACCUUUGGUCAACAUGAAGAUCUCAGGUUUACUGCUGUUCCUCCUGUGUCCAUUCCCCCUCCUCUCUGAAGCCGUGGACCCAUUCAGAACGUUUACACUGGCCGGAUUGGCCGCUGCUGCUCAGUAUCAUCUGUAUUGCAGAUUUAGGGAAUGUUGCUCUGAGGAUUGGAUCCCACUGGAUGUGAAAGGGCUGCAGGAGGACUUGGAUAACAGAUUGUUUGGACAGCACAUUGCAAGUGAAGUGAUUCUAAAGGCUAUCAGAGGAUUUUUGCGUAAUCCUGAGCCGGCUAAGCCUCUCGUCUUUUCUCUACAUGGCUCCAGUGGCACUGGCAAAAACUUUAUCAGUAGAAUAAUAGCGGAAAACCUUUACAAGAAAGGCCUGAACAGUAAUCAUGUUCAUCAAUUUCUGCCUAAGUUGAACUUUCCGGAUCUGGCGCAUAUUGAUAAAUACAAGCAAGAACUGCAGGCGAUAAUCCAGGAAAGUGUUAAAGCAUGUCCCAGGUCACUAUUUAUUUUUGAUGAAAUGGACAAAAUGCACCCGGAAAUCAUUAAUGUCAUCAAACCAUUCUUGGACUACAAUGAUCUAGUCGAAAACGUCAGUUAUCGCAAGGCAAUGUUCAUUUUCUUGAGUAAUGCGGGGGGUGAACAGAUAACUGAAUUUUUGCUGAAUGUUUGGAAGAAUGGAAAGAAGAGGGAAGAGGUUCAAAUGAUAGACCUGGAAAGCACUCUGACCGCGGAAGUCUACAAUAAGGAGAACAGUGGGUUCUGGCGCAGCAACCUUAUCGACAACAACUUGAUUGAUUAUUUUGUUCCUUUCCUUCCACUGGAAUACAAACACAUUAAACUAUGUGCAAAAGCCACGUUGAAAGCCAGGGGUUUUAGAACAGAUGAAGACACCGCCAGUCAGAUAGCAGAUGAAAUGAUCUACUUCCCAAAGAAAGAGAGAUUAUUUUCAGUAAAAGGCUGCAAAACUGUGAGUGCAAAAGUUGAUUACUUCGGAGAACCAAAAUGAAAUCAUCAAGUAAAAUUUAAAAAAAAGUUUUAAAAGAAUACUUCUAAUAACGGAAAGAGGAAGUACGUGGUUUGAUUUCUCUCAAAAUGUACAACAUUUUUCAACUGAGUCUUAAUUUUCAAGGUAGCUCUUUUGGCUUCACCACAACAAGACCUACCGCUGCACUCUUGCCUUCUGCCAAAUCCUCCUUCUACUCCAAGGUUAUCUUGGAGGCAAAGAACACCC